UUGUUACAGGAAGUGGUGGGUAAAGUUGUGCAGCGUUAUUUACUACGAUAGCCGCGGACCGGGACCAGGCCAGCAUGAAAGACAGAUAGGCGGUGUGAGAGUGUGAUUACACAUAAUCUCUUACUGCAACCCCAAACAUCGAAGACAACCCCAGCUCGGAGGAGGAGAGGAGAACAAACCCGCAGCUCGGUCCCGCCUCAGAUGCGGGUUUAGAGUCCAGGCUGCAGCAGCUCGUCAUGAACGACCACUUCGACCGAGCUCCGGGGGCCGGCAGAGCCCGCGGCCCCGGCCCCGGCCCGGGGGGCCCGGCUGGGGACGAGGAGCCCCGGCGGCCGCUCUUCAACCAGCGGGAGCCGCUGAGACAACCCAAGACCUCCCCGCCCCCCAGCGAGGGCGGCGGGCCGGGGGCGCUGCCCGCAGAUUAUAAAAAGCAAAGCAAACUCCAACCAAGUGCGACUGCAAACAGUGUGUCUGCCUCCAGAGGGUGUAAUGACGUGGAUACCCUGGUCAAGUCAUCAAAGCUUUCAGCUAGUGCUCCAGAGUUUGUCCCCUUUGGAAUUAACUCUUUUGAAGAUCCCAGUUACUAUGACGACAGUGACAGCUAUUACAGUGAACCGACGCUGGAUGAAAUGGUCACAGAUUUCCUCGGCCACCUGAGCUCUUCGCCAGGAUCCUUUGAGUCUGAUGUUGAAUACAUAACUGGAAUGCUCAAUUCCUGGGUUUCCACUGAGGCGUUGUUGCAGGAGCUGGUGGAACUGAUCUACACACAGUCUACUGCCAUUCCAAACUUCUCUUACACCGGUGCUAGGCUUUGUAACUACCUGUCCCACCACCUCUCCAUCAGCCCACAAGCUGGCAACUUUCGCCAGCUCCUCUUGAAAAGAUGUCGAAUAGAGUAUGAGCAAAGGGAUGUAGCUGUUCGUGGAGACCCAGAGACUCAGAAGAAGUUCCACUCUUUUGUUCUGUUUCUGGGAGAACUUUAUUUGCAUCUGGAGAUAAAGAGUGCAAAAGGACCCCCGAACCGAGCCGAUAUUCUCCUUUCUGGCCUGAAAGACUUGUUAAUCAGUUUGUUCUCUAAUCCUGUGGAUUCAAAUCUCAUCUGUGCAGUCAAAUUGCUCAAGUUAACAGGUUCUGUCCUGGAUGAUGCAUGGAAACAGAGCGGAAAAGGGGACAUGGGACAACUUAUCCAAAGGAUAGAAACUGUUCUUCUGGAUGCUACCUGCAGUAGGGAUGUGAGACAGAUGCUCCUGAAACUAGUGGAACUGAGGUCCAGUGACUGGGGCCGAGUGGGCUCUGCUGCUGCAGCGAGCAGCGCCACCCCAGACACAGACCCCAACUACUUCAUGAAUGAACCAACAUUCUACACUGAAGAUGGCACACCGUUCACAGCAGCUGACCCAGAAUAUGCUGAAAAAUACCAAGAAAUUCUAGAUCGACAAGACUACUUCCAUGAUAUCGAUGGAGAAAAUGGAAAUGAUCUAUCCGACAUUGAGGAUGGGAUGGAGCCGGAGAUGGAGGAAGCUUUCGAGAAUUUUUGCUUAGAAUCAGAGAGGAAACGGAAACAAUGACACAAGAGUGAACAUCUGAGAGAUUUAACAGGCAUAAAGUGUAUUUUUAUCACUCAUCAUCUUGCAGGAAUGUUGACAAGCAAAAGAAACUGCUAGCGUUCAAUAGGCUUUUGUUUUACUGCGAUCCUUUUAACAAACAGCUGUUCAUAGUUGCAUUUCUUCAGCGAGCAUUCAUUAGAAAAUGGGACAAUCAUUGGGAUAAAUGUUCAAAAUGUUCUUUUUUUUUUUUCUUCCUGAGGAGAAGGGUUUUCUUUUUUGUUGUUGUUGUUUUGAAUUUCUUCCUAAACUUCCUUCUUUUAAAGCUGAUUGAAAUUCCCAGAGGAAGGUGGUGUGCUGUGGAUUGUUGUUGGUGUUAUUUUAAAAGAUUGGUUUGUUUAAUUGAUUGUUUGCAUUUUCAAAAAUACUAAUGAAUGCUCCACACAGGCCAAAAAUGACAUUUUCAGAGAUUAAAUAACUUUGUGUAAAAUGCAAUACAGAUGAGGUUAGAUGGAUAUCUACAUAAAGUACAAAUACAUCCUUUAUCUCCACUCGUGACAGACAUAUUGCCAAUAUUGAAGACGAUAAUUAAUCCUGUCAGUCUCACUAGCGCUCAUUCGGCAAGUUGUGCAGUUACAAUAUCUUAUAGUGCUUCUACAAUUAUUUUGAACUCUUUAGCAAAAUUGGAAAAAGUAAAUUUAGUCUAAACUUUUUCUUAUUCUUUCUUGGUGUCAGAAGUACUUUUUUUAAAUUUACUUUUAAAGGAAAAUAUUCAAAACUCUGAAAAGCAGUGAAACAUUUUUUGAACGUUUUUGUCCGACAGAAAUUAUACACAUCUUGCAGGUCAGGGUGUCGAAACUCAUCUGCAACCCAGUUUCAUCGAUAUCCCAAGACUGAAAGACUGUUUACCAACAAUACAUGGAUCUCAUGAAAACGAAUGUUGUUUUAUAGUUUGUAAAUAUUAUUUAUAGUUUUGUUUGCCUGCUAUAAGUUCUUAAUGUGAGGUUAUGUCUGAUUUAUUUUUUGUUUGGGGUUUAACAAAAUAAAAGUGGACAUUUUCAA